CGUUAUACUUAACAAUAUGGAACUUGACUUUGAUGACUUCAUUAUUCUCCAGGUACUAUUCCGAAAGAGAUUGGAAAUCUUCAUAAUUUAUGGUUCAUGUGGUUGGGUUCCAACGAACUUAGCGGAUCAAUCCCGAGAGAAGUGGGGAACAUGACAGCUCUUUCUGACUUACGGCUCGACAAUAAUAGUUUAAGUGGUAUUAGAACUCUUUUAGCGAGUUAAUUUCUUUUUUUGGGGAUUCCCACAAACUUAGUGGAGCUUUAAUUGCACCCACAAAUUUAGAAUAUUAGAACUCUUUGUCGCUCACACCUUUUUAACAUUUAUUUAACUUUUCCGCCAGGUACUAUUCCUAAAGAGAUUGGAAAUCUUCGUAAUUUACAGUACAUAAAUUUGUCUUCCAACAAACUUAGUGGAUCAAUCCCGAGAGAAGUGGGGAACAUGACAGCUCUUGACGGGUUAUUGCUCGACAAUAAUACUUUAAGUGGAGUUAUUCCACAAGAGAUACAUCAUCUUCAUAAUUUAACAGUAUUGGACUUGAGUUCGAACAAGUUAUCAGGCACCUUGCCACCAACCAUUUUCAACAUGUCUUCCUUGGCAUGGAUUGACUUAUCAAGUAACACACUUAGCGGGGCAUUGCCUUCAGAAAUUGGGAACAAGAAAGCAGUACUAGAGUUUUUAUCCCUUGAAAACAAUGCUUUAACCGGUACUAUUCCGAGAGAAAUUGGGAACGUGGAAGCACUACAAUAUUUAUACCUUGGAAACAAUGGUUUAACCGGAGUUAUUCCACAAGAGAUACAUCAUCUUCAUAAUUUAAUAGCGUUGGGCUUGAGUUUGAACAAGUUGUCAGGCACCUUGCCACCAACCAUUUUCAACAUGUCUUCCUUGGCAUGGAUUGACUUAUCAAGUAACACACUUAGCGGGGCAUUGCCUUCAGAAAUUGGGAACAUGAAAGCACUAUCUACUUUACUACUUGAGAACAAUGCCUUAACCGGUACUAUUCCAUCCUCCAUCUGUAAUUUGACAUCUCUUGGAUUUCUUGUUCUCUCAAAUAACACCUUGGAAGGAACAAUUCCACAAUGCUUUGGAAAUUUGAGCAAAUCUUUGCUCAUUUUUCAUUUAAAUGUAAAUCAGUUUAGUGGUCUCAUUCCAUCAUCAUUUAGCAAGGGAUGUGGCCUUGUGUCCAUCAAUUUGAAUGGUAAUAAAUUGCAAGGACCAUUACCUAAAUCCUUGAUCAAUUGCGGAAGUCUACGAGGCCUCGAUGUUGGAAACAAUAGAAUACAAGACGAAUUUCCCUUUUGGAUGGAUGGUCUUCCUCAGCUUCGAGUGUUGGUCUUGAGGUCUAACAAGUUUUAUGGUAACAUGUCAAUUCCUUCGCAAACCAAGAUUCCAUUUCAUAAUUUGCAAGUUUUAGAUAUAUCUCAGAAUAGAUUUGUGGGCUCUCUGCCUCAAGGAUAUUUCAAGAAUUUCAGAGCAAUGAUAGAGGUAAAUGAAACAAGCUUAUCAACUAACGACACCCGUUUUAAAGAUUAUGUGGAGAUGAGGCUCACCUUGAAAGGUCUGGAUCAAUUAUUACAGAGAUUGUUGUCAGCCUUUACAACAAUCGACUUAUCCUCCAAUAGAUUUUCUGGGAGUAUUCCACAUUCCAUAGGAAAUCUUAAGAUUCUCAAAUACUUGAAUCUGUCCCACAAUAACCUCAUAGGAAAUAUCCCUUCAUCUCUUGGAAAUUUGAGUGAACUUGAAUCUUUAGACUUGUCGGUGAACAAGUUGGAUGGAGAAAUUCCAAGUGAAUUGACAGGGUUGACAUUUCUUGCGAAAUUAAACCUUUCAAUGAAUAAUUUUGUGGGACAAAUACCACAGUCUAAGCAGUUUUCCACAUUUGAGAAUGAUUCAUACGUGGGAAACUGGAGACUGUGUGGAGUUCCGUUGACGAGAAAAUGCAACGACGAGAACAGGCAUCAGAUGCAGCCAGAAGAAGAUGAUGAUGAAGAAGAUGAGUUUGGAUUUAUAGAUGGAUUUGGAUGGAGAAGUGUGGUGAUGGGAUAUGGAAGUGGAUUCGUAGUUGGAAUUGGAAUUGGUUACAUUAUCAUUAGAAAUGGAAGGCCAAGAUGGUUAGUGGAAUUCUUUUUUGGCAUUGGAUAUAAUAAUAAUAAGAAGAAGAAGAAGAAGAAGAGACGCAGCAGAGCUACACCAACACCAACACGCAGGAGAACUUAAUUGAAGGCUUGUGCUCGAAUUGUGUUUUCUUUUUCUUAUUUCCUUUGUAAUGGCUACGUUAGUGUGUUUUUAGAGUUUACGAAAUGUUGUUGUUUGUUCAAAUAUGUGAAGUUUUAAUUUUAUCUC